AUAGCAAUUGCCUGCUGACAUUCUUAAACCAAACAUUGCAGUGCAGUGGUCUCAAGGAAUACAGUGAUUCUCAGAAACCACAAUUGCAUAUUUGCAAAUAUGAAUUGUCAACAUGUCAAGAUUUUGCCUCCAAACCAGUUACAUACUACAACCCUAUUGGACAUGAUUAUUUGAAAAGCUUGUGUUCGUAUUGCACUAUUGAGAAGUACUACUUGCCUGGAUUGUAUGUUCAAAUGCAGGAGCAAGGUACUAGAACAAUGAAUGAAAUAAAGAUUAAUCUUUCUUUAAUAGACAAGAAGGUAUACAGAAAUCAAUGCUAUAUUACAGGUAGCCUGCUUGUUGAUUCUCAGCCAACUAGUAUCGCUACCUGUCCGUCUUCAAUUAAAACAAUUCCUUUGCCUGUCAUCAAGAAGAUAAAAACGGCCUUCUUCGCUUUUGCGACUCUUUUGAUGUACCGAUCUCUUCGACCUCUAAUUGCAAAGAUGGCAAGAACCGUUGCAUUUCUGUGCACUUUUCUGGCAGUUGAUGCCACAAUCUUACGUUUACUCUGUUUAGAAUACGGAAAAUUCAACAUCAUCAAGACAAAUGUUGCUCUUCAAGGAUCCGUCAUAGCGACCUUUGCUAGUACAGGUGUUGAUAAAUGUGAAGAGAAAUGUUUGUUGAAUCCACUUUGCAAAACUGUGAACACAAAAGACGAUGGUACAUCAUGCCAAUUGAAUAGCCAGUCAUACAAUGCGUUGUCGAGUGGACAUUUAUUGGUGGAAAAGACUGGUUGGACUUUUAGGUCUACAAACAGCAGUGACACGCUGAUCGGAGAGGUUUGUCAAGAGCUGAAUCCAUGUCGUUAUGGUUACACUUGCAAAGACACGUGUUCAUGCCCUGGCUACGAAUGCUUAUUAUCAGAUUGUAAAAUUCUACAUGAAUCUGGCAUUCGAAGCAGUGGAGUCUAUCCCAAUCGAGGCAGCAACAAAGGUAUGAUAUUCUGUGACCUCAACACGUCGAACAAAUGGUGGAUUGUUUUUCAACGACGCGUCGAUGCUUCAAUAAGUUUCUACCGAAACUGGAAUGCAUACAGAAAUGGCUUUGGUGAUAUGUCCAGAAAUUUUUGGCUUGGUCUGGAAAAAAUCCAUCAACUAGCAUUGCCGGGACGGGGGGCGACCUUACGUGUUGAAUUCAAGCAUGUUAACUUCGGGAAUCGAUUAUUUUAUGCGGAGUAUAAAGACUUUAGCAUUUCUGCUGAGUCAGAUGGUUAUCGUUUAAAUGUGGGAGAGUACAGUGGUGACGGUGCUGAUUCACUCAUUAAUCACAAUGGAAUGCGUUUUACAACAUUUGAUCGCGAUCAUGACUUUCACCCUUUUACAAAUUGUGCGAUAAAUUCGGUUGGAGCCUGGUGGUACAAAGCUUGUCAUUGGUCAAAUUUGAAUGGAUUGUUUCCUCCACCACCGCAUAGCUACUGGACAACCAAAUACAUGUCUUGGUACCAGUUACUUCAAAAGCGCGGUGGGAUUUUCUAUUCAGAAAUGAAACUCACAUACUAGAAAGAAUUAUCAAUGUAUUCGGGAUUAUGCAGUAGGAACAGAUGAAGAAGGAAGUUUGAAACAAGAAUAUGGAGAUAUUAAGACGAAAACAGAGGAAGAAAGAGGAAGAAAGAGGAAGAAAGAGGAAGAAAGAGGAAGAAAGAGGAAGAAAGAGGAAGAAAGAGGAAGAAGAAAAUGGAAGAAUGUAAAAGAAAGUUGGAAAAAUAGGAAGAGGGGGAAGUAAAGGAGAAAGAGAGAGAAUGAAGAAGUAGAAAGAAGAAAGUGGAAGAAAAUGGAACAAAUUGGAAAAAAUUUAAAGAAAGUGGAGGUAAUAGGAAGAGAAGGAAGAAGAAGAAAAAUGAGAGAGAAUGAAGAAGUAGAAAGAUAAAAAUGGAAGAAAGUGGAAGAAAGUGAAAGAAAGUAAAAGAAAGUGGGAGAAAAAAAAAAGUGGAAAAAGCAAAAACAAAAAGAAUGAGGAAUAGAUGAAGAGAACUUUUAAAGAAAUCAAAAAGGAAAAUCGGGGAUUCAUUUUAAGAAAAAAAAGUAAAAAUGUAACUAAAGUGAAUUACAAGGUAGGGUGGAUUUUCAUUGAAAACAAAUAAAAAAGGAUGAAGCACAGAAAGAAAAACAAGAAAAAUGGCUAAAAGGCAACAUUAGUAAAUAAACAAUUAACUUAAAAGGAGAGAAGGAAGAGUAAAGGAAGAAGAACAGGGAAAAGUAAAGAGUAGAAAAUAUUGAAUUUUCCUCAAAAAGGGAUUAAAAUGAAAGAGGCACAGAAAGAAGCACAAAAAGAUGGAAAAAGAGGUGACUUGAGAAUGAAAAGCCAUCAAUAAGGACACCCAAGGCUUUAUGUUGUUAGUGCCAUUGGCCGCAAGAAGUCAUUGAUUGCUUUAAUAAGAUAAUAAUUUGUUUCAAGCUUUAUUACUUAUCAAAAGUUUUCUUGCCAAUGUAACUAAAUGUUGCAUGUUAUCAUUGCAUUUUUUGAUUUUACUUUCACACGUUAUUUCAUGUUCAUGUUGAUUUCUCUAUAGUUUUUCUACUUUUGCUACUAUGAUAAUUCGAAUGAGCUUCAGGGUUGGGUUAUUCUAAAGGGGGCUUGAUUGCAUUGGUGUUUUUGAUGCUAAAAGUGGCUUAGUAUGGAGUAUGUUAUGGUGGCUUAGUAUGAAGUAUGGAUCUUGUCCGAAUAUCAUUACUUCAUUGAUUUAGAACUGCCGUAAUGGAACAUGAAAUGUGCUUUGCCUGAUCAGGGGAUGUCGCUUACACUUAGGCUCGAUUGUGAAAGGGGGUCUAUGCGACAGGGUAAGUUUAUUGAAUAAUAUAAACUAGCGAGGGGGCCUAUUUGAGAUCGGGAUUAUCAAGUAUUGGACUUAAUGAAAACUUGAUAUUCUUUAGGAGAGGAAUCAUUAGGCACGCUAAAAUAAUUAGACAUUUAAAUUUGUGACCUUAAAAUCUGGAUGAAAAAUAAAAUGCAAUGUUGCAAACAGCAAAGUUGCUCUGAGGCAAAAAGCUGAAAAAACAGUGUGAUCAUUUGGUCAGUUUUCGUUUGAUUUUGAAAGCAUUAAACGGAGAGGUUUAUUUUAGAGAUGGGCUUGCUCUCAAGAAAUUGAUUGGUUGAUACAAUUAUUACGGUGUACUUGUCUGUCUUCUUGACAGAAAUCAAGCUUGAACAAAUAAGAACAAAUCCUGACUGUGACGGGAAAGCUUUUCAACUUGACUUGGAGUUAGCCAUUGAAAAGUCAUUUCCUGAAACGAAGGAAAGCUUAACUCAUAUUUAGGAUUGACAACACUGUCGAAACUUCGUGCCGUGUUAAGUUCUCAUAUUUAUUUGAAGACUAUAA